UUAUUCUUUUCAUUUUGACCCAAAAAGGUCUAAACCUUUCCAUAUAAAUACCUGAGCUCAUGCAUGGCAUUGUAUAUUCCACUACACGAUCAUUGCAACAUCUCUUAUAGUUCAUUUCAUUUCAUAUAUAAACUCCACUUCACUUAAUCAUAACUCUUGUUCUUGAUUCCGUUUAUACAAAAGUAUAAUAUAAAUGGAGGCUACUUUAUUUAAGGUUGUCUUUCUUUUGCUUGUGUUUAAUAUCAUUAACACAGUAGUCCAUGGCCAAGGGACACGUGUUGGAUUCUAUUCAAGUACAUGUCCUAAAGCUGAAUCCAUUGUUAAGUCCACAGUUGCAUCCCAUGUUAACUCUGAUUCUACCGUGGCUCCUGGUUUACUUAGGAUGCACUUCCAUGAUUGUUUUGUUCAAGGUUGUGAUGCAUCUGUUCUUGUUGCCGGAUCAGGCACUGAGAGAACAGCAUUUCCAAACCUUGGUUUAAGAGGCUAUGAAGUUAUUGAUGAUGCUAAGACACAGCUCGAGACCGCAUGUCCCGGUGUUGUCUCUUGUGCUGAUAUUCUUGCCCUCGCUGCUCGUGAUUCGGUUGUUCUGAGUGGUGGACUGAGUUGGCAAGUGCCUACCGGACGAAGAGACGGACGCGUAUCACAAGCUUCCGAUGUCGGUAACUUGCCCGCUCCUGAUGAUUCUGUUGAUGUGCAAAAGCAGAAGUUUGCAGCAAAAGGCCUUACCACUCAAGAUCUUGUCACCUUAGUUGGUGGACAUACAAUUGGUACAACUGCAUGUCAAUUCUUCAGCAACAGAUUGAGAAACUUCACUACAAAUGGUGCUGCUGACCCUUCCAUUGACCCUUCAUUUCUUUCACAAUUACUAACAUUGUGUCCUCAAAAUACUGGUGCUACAAAUAGGGUUGCAUUUGAUAAUGGAAGUCAAAACAAAUUUGAUAGUUCUUACUAUGCUAAUCUAAGGAAUGGACGUGGAGUUCUUCAAUCAGAUCAGGCGCUGUGGAAUGAUGCUUCUACAAAGACCUUUGUGCAGAGAUAUUUGGGUUUAAGAGGGUUGCUUGGAUUAACAUUUAAUGUUGAAUUUGGAAAAUCAAUGGUAAAGAUGAGUAACAUUGGAGUGAAGACAGAUGUUGAUGGUGAAAUCCGCAAGAUAUGUUCUUCUUUCAACUAAAUGAAUUAGUGAUUUUAUUGAUAAAGUAGUGAUUUUAUUGAUUAGUUUGUAUUGUUGGCAUAUUCUUUAUUUAACUGAAUAAUUUUUUGUUUGUUUUUAUUUUCAUGUUCAUACAAAAUAUAUUGGAACUGUAAAAUUAUGAAAGGAAAAUGUGACAUUUAUACCAAUAGGGUUUUCUUGUUGUUAUUAA